AUGACUGUUCCCCAAGUCGACCUGCAGGCUCACUCUGAGCUCUUGGCACGGUUGCAAUCUCUGUCGUACGCGCCGCCGACGCUCACAGCGGUUCAGCGCCAGCUGGAACAGAGCCAGUCCGGCCUGGCUGCCGAGCAGGCGGGCGUCGCUGCGCUGCAUGCCAAGACUGGCAAGGAGUUCAAGGACUGGAAAGCGAUUGAGAAUCGAACGCUCAAGCGCCUCUGGGUCAAGAUCAAGCACCCCGUCCAUGGUCGCGAGCGUCUCACCGAGCUCGAGGCGAAGGAGGAGGCCGAGUACGUUGCGGCGCUCACCGCCGAGCAGACCGCGGCGGCUCGCACCGCUGUCCUCGAGGACCAGGUGCGGCGCCUGACUGAGCAGGUGAACGAGCUCCGCGGCGCUGUUGACAGCUACGAGCGAACAAAGACUGAGCUCGACGCCCUCUACCGUCGUGUCUUUGACGGCCCCACCCCCGCGUUCCCCGAGGAGGACAGGCUCGAGGCGAACUACCGCGCCGCUCUCGACGAGUACAACGCCUCCCAGGGAAACACUGUCAACGAGCAGCGAGCGAUUGCGUAUCUCACCGAGGCGGAUGCGCACCUGCAGCAGGCGAUCAAGAUCGUCGGCUCGAGCACGGACUACGCGACGAUGAACUCGUACGGCGGCAUCGAUGACGUUGCCAUGGUCGAGCACUCGGAGCUCGCUAAGGCUCAGCGUGAGGCCGACCAGGCUCGUCUUCUCGUUGAGCAGGCUCAGCAACUCCUUCCUGGACUCCCUGGAUUGAAGGACGUGCAGAUGCCGAAGGGCAACAUGAUCUCGGAUGUCUUCUUCGAUUCGACGUGGUCCGAGCUCGCCUUCCGCCAGCGUGUAGACGACGCCGAUACCGAGCUCCGCAAUGCCCAGAAGCAACUGCAUGGCCUCGUCGGUCAGGUACAAGCGCAGAGCUCGGCUCAGAGCCCCCGCGUCCAGCAGGCUGCGAAGAAUCUGGAGCAGGCCCGAGGUGCACUUGAGAAUAUCCGCCGCAACAUCAUGCUGAGAGGAGGUGCUUGA